UCAAACAUCCCAAAGUUUUAUGUUUAGGUGCAUAAUGUUUAUGUUUUCUAAUUAAUUCUACAACGUAGAAGACACGUAUUAAAAUCCUAAGAUUAUUAAAUUAUUACUCAUUUAUAAAAAAAAUGCCACACAGUGAAAGCGAUGAUUUUGAGAGUGCAGACGAGGGACAAUAUAAUCAAGGAAAAAAAGAAAGAAAAAAACGCAACUCCUCUUCAAAUUAUAGUGAUAACUUAGAUGCUGAUUCUAAUACGUCUCAAACCACAAAAACUGUUACGGACGUCAAGAAAAGUGGAGAUACUACAGAGGGUUGGGACAAUUUUGAUGUAGAGGAAAUGGAUGUCAAAACAACUAGUUGUAAGAAUUUGACAGAAAAACCAAAAAAAGACUCGCAAGAAGGUUGGGAUGAUUUUGAUGAAUGGGAGGAAACAACAAUAGAUAGGAAGGAGCCCAAACCAUCAAAUGCAGUUUCAAAUAAAGAUAUGAAAGAUGUGACAGAGAGGUUGGCGUCAGUGAGUACCAAGAGUGACAGUUGGGGAUGGGGCUGGGGAGUGGAUUCAUUGCUCAGCACAGCAACUGCAGGAAUAACUACACUCACUAGCCAAGUGUCGCAGGGUAUAUCAACAGUAUUGGAAUCUGGUAUCGGGGCCCCAGACCCAGAAGAACUGGCCAGAGCAACAACUAUGGAAAGGGAAACUCAAAUGAAGAAAUUAGAAACGGAGAACAAGCCUGCUGACAUACCUGGUGGUGAUGCUGCUGCACCCAAUGAGAUAGGAUUCCCAUUUGGGAGUAUUCUAUCUGGUGUCACCAAGUUUGUAGAAACUACUGGCACAAAAGUAAUUGCUGGUGGCCUUGACACAUUAGAGACAAUAGGUAAGAAGACAAUGGAAGUUCUCCAGGACGGUGAUCCUGGCCUGGCUAAGAAACGGGCCAUGCUUGGCUUGGACUCUGGUGACAAGCCAAUACUGUCGCAGAUAUUAAGAGAGGCUAAAGAAAGAGCCGAUGAAGAGGAUAAGAUAAGAGAAGCCAAGAGAGAAGCGAAGGAAGUACAUUAUGAGACACUGUUUGAUGAUUUUGAGGGGUUAAUACAUUUGGAGGCUUUAGAGAUGUUAUCAAGACAGGUCAAUAUGAGGAUUGAUGAUAGACUCAAAAGUGCUGAUCCGGCCAAGAGACAAGAUAUUAAGGAGACACUUCAGCAAGUUGCAGAAUUAUGUGAAAUGCCCGACGACGAGGACAGUGAUGAUGAAGAGCAUGCCGAAGGCAAAUCCAAGGAGGAUGUGUUCCAUGAGAAGCUGCAACGAGCCACCAGGGAUAUUGGGCUGAAGAUGCAGUUCCAGCCGCUGAUAAAGCAGUACACAGAGAUACUCGCUUGGUUGGAAAAUGAGAGCGAAGUAAGCGAGAAAGUGGUUUACAAACAAGCUGUGAGCGGGCUGGCCAAAGCGAGCGCGCUCUCUCUGCAGCUGUACCAUAAAACUGGAGAGAUGUUGCUGGUGAAGGCCAGGAGAUCCACUGCUGAUGAAGCGGAUGCCCUAACUCAGUUGACCGUAGUUCUAACGAAACAUAUCGGUGAACUGGCCACACUGUUCACGGAACGACUACAAAAGGUCCCCACAGAAGACGGUCAGCAUAUCAACGAUUAUAUUACCAAUGUCUUUUUAGAGGCGGGAAACAGCUCGAAGUAUAUAGAAAACGCAUUCCAGUUAACUCUACCGAUUGUACAAAUUGGCGCCGUUUAGCAUUAGCAAUCUAUUUAUCUUGAUAAUUGUCAAACGGGUAUUGACUUUUAUGUUGUUUUUCAUAUAUAUAACGAAAUAAGAACGCGUAUUCAUACUAAGAUUUUUAGAAGAUUUUAAGUUCUUUUUUACACAAGUCUUAAGUUUUAUUAAUGAAAUAACUUAAUUAACGGGCACCAUCUUGAUUCUUCACAGAGGAGCAAAUCUUAGGUUAGCACAGAGUAGAAAAAUCCUAGGGUUGUUUAUUAAAACUAGUGAUGUUCAUGAGUGGACCACAGACAACAUAAAUUAUACUCAAUACAGCCCCUCAAUUUAAAGAAUUCUAUAAUAACUCUAACAUGUAUCAACUCUAUUACAAUAUGUCCACUAUAUGCAUUCUUAACUGUAUAUAUGUUCAUACAAAAAUCAUAGUAAAAUAUAAUGUGUAGAUAGGUACAUAAACAACUUUCAAAAGUAGUGUGGACAACACCCACAAUAGUUUAGUUUUAAAUAUUUAGUUAAAUCAAAUCAAAUUUAACUUAUUACAAAAGUAUGCAUGUUUGCUGAUUGGCAAUGAUUUGGUGAAAAUGUCUGCAGUAUUUUCAUUAGUACGUAUAUAUGAAAUAGACACUAUUUUCUUAUGAAUAAGAUCUUUUACAUAAUGGUAUUUAAUUGCUAUAUGCUUAGAAGCUCUAGUAUUUUUCUGAUUAUUGAUAAUCUUGAUAGUGCUUUGAUUGUCUAUUAUUAAGCGGGCUGAAACUAUCCUAUCAUUCAAGAAAUGAGAGAUCACCCCCAUAAGCUCGCUCACUGCAUGCUCUCCUGCAACAUACUCAGCCUCCGCCGUUGAGAGAGCGGUACACGUCUGCUUCCUAGAGAACCAUGUAAUUAAAUUCUCACCUGUAUAGAUACAUUUACAGUCAGAUCUAUCUGCUGCCCAGUCUGCAUCCGAGUAAGUUUCUAGUUUUGUAUAAUCACCUGUCUUCUUAUAUAACAGCCCCUGACCUCUCUUACCAUACAUACAUACAUACAUAAAAUCACGCCUCUUUCCCGUAGGGGUAGGCAGAGACCACUUCUUUCCACUUGCUACGAUCCUUACAUACUUGUUUCGCUUCGUCCAAUUUCAUUAUUCCUUUCAUACAUGCUCUCCGGUUUAAGGUACUCUUGACCUGGCCAUUUUUCAAGACGUCCCUGAUUUGAUCUUGAAACGUCCACCUAGGUGGACCACCCUUCCAACACUUUCAUUCACACUGGCCUUAUACACUUUCUUCGUCAAUCGUUCUUCAUUCAUACUCUCGACAUGUCCAAACCAUCUCAGCAUAGCUUUCUCAAUUUUUGUCACAAUAUCUUCUUUCAGACCACAACGUUCCUUACCUUCGCACGACACGCCACAAGUUACGAUAUCAUCCCCACCAUCUGGAUGUGUGGCGGUCCUCCACAGUGCGGUUUUCAAGGAGCUUUCUUCCUCGUACCACGAAGCUGUGGAAUGAGCUUCCUUGUGCGGUGUUUCCGGGACGAUACGACAUGGGUACCUUCAAGAAAAGCGCGUACACCUUCCUUAAAGGCCGGCAACGCUCUUGUGAUUCCUCUGGUGUUGCAGGAGAGUGUGGGCGGCGGUGAUCACUUAACACCAGGUGACCCGUACGCUCGUUUGUCCUCC